UAUAGAUGCGCUGAUGAUAUUUUGGAGUCUGAGGACAGAAGUAACUUUAACACCAGUAAUACUGUCAAUGAGACAGCAGUCUGGUGCAGAAAUCCUUCGUCGUGUUCCGAAUGGAUUUAUGAUGACCCUGACAGUUUUGUGGCCGAGUUUCAAUUGGCAUGCCAAGACUGGAAAAGGACUUUAAUAGGAAGCGUGCACAGCUUCGGAUACAUGAUUGGGCUACUCAUUGUCGGGCCACUAUCUGACAGAUUCGGAAGAAAAUCUUUAAUUAUUGUAACAGGCAUAGCAGGCACAGUCUUUGGGACUGUCAAGACUUUCGUGUCAUCAUAUUGGUGUUACGUAGCACUUGAGUUAUUAGAAGCUGCAAUUGGAGAUUUUGGUUCGCCAUUAUACAUGCUAUGUCUGGAAAUGGUAGCAACCAAGUCGCGUGUUACUUUCUCAACUAUAUGUAAUAUGGGUUUCGGAAUAGGGGGACUUGUGCUGCCACUACUUGCCCGGCUUAUCCUUUACUGGCGGACUUUACUGAGAGUGAUGUAUUUCCCAGGGCUACUCACCAUAUUCCUAAUCUAUUUGCUAGACGAAAGCCCCAGGUGGCUUCUGGUCAAAGGAAAGAAAUCAGCAGCGCUAGAGAUCAUUCGCAACGCUGCCAAGAUGAAUAAAAUAGAAAUUAAAGAAAACCUUAACUUGUUAUAUUUUGAAAAGGAUAACGAAUCCCGUUUUAUCGCCGCAAUAAAAGACACUUUUAAAUCGAGGUCUAUAUUGAAACGAGUUUUCGUUUGUAUUGUGUGGUGGAUCACGUGCACUCUUGUUAACUACGGAAUGGCUUUUAACUCACUGAUAUUGAAAGGAAAUAAAUAUGUAAAUUUCGCAAUUUCGUCGGGCAUGGACAUCUUAAGUCUUAUUUUCGGAGUAUACAUCCUUCAGAAGUUUAACAGGACAGGCCCAUUGACAACAUCCUUCUUGGCUUGCGCCAUCUUCUGUAUUGGGCAACCAUUUAUACCAAACAACCUUCUGUGGCUUGUGAAUUCAACGUACAUGGCAGGAAAACUAAUGGCGUCUAUAGCCUUCAAUACAGUUUACAUUUUUACAUCGGAAUUGUUCCCCACUCACACAAGGAACUCAAUGCAUGCACUCUGCUCGUCUAUUGGUCGGAUCGGUUCUAUAAUAGCACCGCAAUUGCCUUUGUUGAUGGUGUAUUGGACUGGUCUUCCAAACGUAAUAUUUGGGGCCGUGUCCCUGGUGGCAGGGUUGUUAACGCUUCUGGUGCCAGACACAGCAGACCGCAACCUGCCAGAUACGGUCGGGCAGGCCGAGGCUCUUGAGGUUGGAUCUGAAAAAAUCGCAUCGGAAAAUAAAUGCUGUAAACACCGCAUGAGUCCUGAUUGCACAAGGUUAUAG